CAGUAGUAUCUGCGUUGAAAAAAAGCUGCUCUCCCACACUGGCUGCUAUGACCUAGCUACCGGAGGACACUUUCUGCUCUCAGGACUGACCGCUGCGUCUCAAAUAGUUUGUUGUAGCGUUUUUUUUGGCAACCAUUCCUUCACAUACAGUCGUUUAUGGUUGCAUUGCUGCGACUUUUUAAUCGUAGCUGCUAGCCUCUGGGGCUAGCAGAGCAGUGACAGAGAGGAACCAGCUGGUCAGGAGUACAGUAACGUUAGCAACAAGCUAAUUAGCCUGGAUUACUGUCUUUAAUCACAGAGAGUGUGCGUGUUUACUCACUGCGGCAAAAUGAAGAUAACUGUGGAAUUCGAGGAAUGUCUGAAAGACUCCCCACGGUUCAGAGCGACCAUAGAGGAAGUGGAGGGGGAUGUGUGUGAGUUGGAAUCCAAGCUCGACAAAUUGGUGAAGUUGUGCAUUGGGAUGAUUGACGCUGGGAAAGCCUACAAUGCAGCCAACAGGCAGUUUGUCAGCGGGAUCCGGGAGCUAGCCCAGCAGUCCACCAAAGAUGAGGUCAUAGAGUCGAGUCUCACAAAGUUUGCUGAAAGCCUGCAGGAGAUGAUCAACUAUCACACGAUAUUAUUCGAUCAGGCCCAGAGAUCAAUCAAGAUCCAGCUUCAGACAUUUAUCAAAGAUGACCUACGUAAAUUUAAAGAAGCCAAGAAGCAAUUCGAUAAAGUGAGCGAGGAAAAGGAGGCGGCGCUGAUCAAGAACGCUCAGGCUCCCCGCAACAAGCAACAUGAGGUGGAGGAGGCCACCAACAUCCUCACCGCCACGCGCAAGUGCUUCCGACACAUCGUCCUCGACUACGUCUUACAGAUCAACGUGCUACAAUCAAAAAGAAGAUCAGAAAUCCUGAAAUCAAUGUUGUCCUUUAUGUAUGCCCACCUGACGUUCUUCCAUCAAGGAUAUGACCUCUUCAGUGAACUACAACCUCUGAUGAAACAGCUUGGAGGACAGUUGGACCUGCUGGUGGUGGAUGCUGCCAAAGAGAAGAGGGACAUGGAGCAGAAACACUCCACCAUCCAGCAAAAGGCUGCUAUUCAGGAGGUGACUGAGCCUGAGUCUUUACCAGACUGCCGCAACUUUUGCGCUUGGAGGUCGACCUCCGACUUCUCGAAUGACGACACCAAACUGGAGUACAAUGUGGAUGCAGACAACGGCAUCGCAAUGGAGGGCUAUCUGUUUAAGAGGGCCAGCAAUGCCUUUAAGACGUGGAAUAGGCGUUGGUUCUCCAUCCAGAACAAUCAGCUAGUUUACCAGAAGAAGUUUAAGGACAACCCCACAGUGGUGGUAGAAGACCUGAGGCUCUGCACCGUCAAACACUGUGAGGACGUGGAGCGGCGCUUCUGUUUCGAAGUGGUGUCGCCCACCAAGAGCUGUAUGAUGCAAGCAGACUCGGAGAAGCUGCGUCAGGCCUGGAUCAAAGCCGUCCAGAACAGCAUCGCCACUGCCUUCCGUGACAAGGGAGACGAAGGCGAGAAGCUGGACAGGAAGUCUUCCACGUCAACAGGAAGCCUGGACUCUAGUGGGGAGCCGAAGGAGAGACCACUGAAAGGAGAGAGCGCCCUGCAGAAGGUCCUGGUGAUCCCAGGGAACACCUGCUGCUGCGACUGCGGCCAGCCGGACCCCCGCUGGGCCAGCAUCAACCUGGGCAUCACCCUCUGCAUCCAGUGCUCCGGUAUCCACAGGAGUCUGGGAGUGCAUUUCUCUAAGGUGCGAUCUCUGACUUUGGAUUCAUGGGAGCCAGAACUUUUAAAGUUGAUGUGUGAACUGGGAAACGGAGCGAUCAAUCAGAUCUAUGAGGCUCGACGAGAGGAGCUGGCAGCCAGGAAACCCCAGCCCGGAGAUCCAAGGCACGAGGUCGAGGCCUACAUCAAAGCCAAAUACGUGGACCGCCGGUUUGUUCGCCUGCCGUCGGACGAGGAGCUUCGCAACAAAGUGGUUUCUCUGAGCAAACAGGAGAAGAGGCUGAGCAACAGCUCUGAGCAUCUGCCCCCGAGACCACCACCCCCCACCCCAAAACUGAGAGCCGGUCAAGCAGCUGUUGCCCGCGGCUCGGAGGCCCGCCGCGACUCUCUCUUCUGUGCUGACGAGCUUCACUCGCUCUUCUCCUACUUUGACAACUCUGCCAAGCUCAGGAGCAUAAAAAGUGCAGACAGCGGCAUCCAGAACAGCGCUGAUGGGAGCCGAGAGAUGCUGGCCAACACCCCGUCCAAUAACAGCCUGACAGACGCAGACGCUGCAGAGCCUCCGGCCAUGGCAAUGCCUGCCACCCUGCCCCCCCCCUCCCCCUGUAAGGAGAUGGUGUUCUACGAGCCGAAGGAGUACAGCUCCGGUCUGCAGCUCUACUGGGCCGCCUGCGCCCGCUCUCUGCCCGACAUGUCGGAGGCUCUGGCCCACGGAGCCGAGGUCAACUGGGUCAACACGGAGGACGACAAGAGGACGCCGCUCAUCAUGGCCGUGCAUGGGGGUUCGCUGGUCACCUGUGAGUUCCUGCUCCAGAACGCAGGUAAUGUGAACCAGCAGGACGCUCAGGGCCGAGCGCCGCUGCACCACGCCACCCUGCUGGGACACACAGGGCAAGUGUGUUUAUUCUUAAAAAGAGGAGCAAAUCAAAAUGCUGCGGACAUUGAUGAGAAAACUCCCCUGACGAUAGCGGUGGAAGCGGCCAACGCAGACAUCGUCACACUGUUGCGACUGGCCAAGAUGAACGAGGAGAUGCGAGAGGCGGAGGGGCCCUACAGCCAGUCAGGAGAUGCAACCUACCAAGACAUUUUCCAGGAUUUCACCCACAUGGCUUCCAACGAUCCGGACAAGCUAAACCGCUACCAGCAGUACGACCCACAAAACCCUGACACGGCAGAAGCUCCGUCCACUAGCACUCAGAGACCGUGUGCUAAACCCCGGAGAGACUUGAGGAGGUCAGGAAACACGACGUCCACCCCCCGACAACCUCGGUCAGCGUUAGAGCCGGUCCGUGCUGCCACAGCUGGACUCCUGUCACGUGUCGUCAAUCGUGAACAGCAAAGCUCACUUUGUCUUUCUUUAAACUGCUGUCCAGUACUUGUAUUCCUGAUGGUACAGUGUUGAAGCCUUUGAAAGGAUUUGCAAAGUCGUAACAAAUCAAAGUGAUAAUUGAACUGAAUGUAGAGCUGCCAUUACGGCUGUCAGCUAUUUUCAUCUUUUAUAUCACUGUCAAGAGAUUUCCAAAGGCAUUUUCUUAAAAAACAGGUGCUGCAUCCGAGUUGUAAAGAGGUGAGUGCAUGACCCACUUUGAAAUGCUCCAUUUAUAUUUUAAGUGCUUCCUCUUCUUAAUAGGAUUUGUUUUAUGAUAGUAAGCAUCCUUUUUAUAUCAAAGUGUUGCUUCAGUGAACUCUCAGCAGCGUAUCUAUGCUUUUACUUAUUUGCACGAAUCCCUGUAUGAAAUCGCCACUGAUGUUUACCAGUUUUGAUGGUAAGACUUUGACAUGUUAAACAAUGUACUGUGAUUAUUCAAGUAAACGUGUUUUUAAUGCCUGCAAUUUUAAAUAUAUAUAUUAGUUUUUUACUUUUAAAUGCUAGAUCUCUUUCCUCUGGAUGAUUUUAAUUUCUCAUGUCCCCACGUCAGAGGUAAUCAGCCCUGAAGUGUCCUGAUUCAUGUCGGUUAAAAAUAGCUCGUCGAGAUGAUGGUAAUUUGUAGAUUCAGUCUCUUCUGAUUUUUGCUGAUCUUCAAAAGUUAAGAUUUAGUUGUCAAAUCAAAGUGCUCUACAAUAAUCUGAAUGUAGAUUAUAUUGCAGCUAUUGUAUGCCAGUUGAUUUGCCAGGACUGUGUCAUUUGGUGGUAAUUAUGGAAAGAUAGGAUUUUCCCUGAAAGAAGAACCCAAGUUAAUGCUCAGUUUAAUAUGGAAACUUAGGUCAAACGCAGUGGCUUCAUACUACACAAAGCCACCGGUGAAUCUCUUUACAGUGCAGGAGCUCACGCUGUUUUGAUACAGGAGUCAAAAUAACAUCAUACAACUAUACUUGUAAAAUACUGAAAAGAUAGAUAAUAACUGACGAUAAAUGCAUUGAAUAGCUGUUGCUGAAAGAUUCUGAGCAUAAAUGACGUAACAAUGUGAGUUUAAUUUCAUAAACUAAGUUUUCCAUUUAAUGUUCAGGUUCAUCUGACCUGCUGUGCACUUAUUAAGACCUCUUGUUAUGCAGGAAGAAGAUUGAAAUGAAUUUAUUGGGCAAUUAAACACUGCCUCUGUUUCUGCCAGCUACUAACCUUUCAAGUAAACGUCAAAGGAAGUUCAUUUGGAAACUAUAGAGCUGUCAAGUGUUGCAGAACACUUUUUGACAGUAUGUGAAACGUCCAGUAAUAUACGCACACACAAGAUGGAUGACCUGUAGUUGUAGAGUCGCUGUCAUUUCAUGUGAUGAGUUGUUCAAAAGCACUUCACUUAACAAUGUUUGAUUUAGUUCAGACAUCAGACGACUGCACUGAAAUUCUCCAAUCCAGAAAUGAAUCCUGCAAAUUCCCUGAUGGACGUCAUGUGUACUGUAGGAUGUGUGUGUUUCCUCUAAAACUGUACAGUCCUCUCUUCUUUGACAUGAAUAGUGUUUAGUGAAAUAUGAUUUUCUUUUAGCAUGCAGCAUGGGAUACAAUUAUUGUACAUUUUGUACAGAUGCUUUUGAAUUCUCUAGAGAUCUGAAGGUAGAGGUACUUGAAUCAUUAAAUACGCUUUUGUAAAUGCGGUUCUUUGUAUUUACAUUUAGCCACUUUUAUAUUGCCUGUGUGUGUACCAGUAUACAUCAUGUAGUGUAUAUUCUACCUGUAAUAUGUAAGAACUUCAAUACAAAUGGACUGAGAAUUCAUCACCAAA